AUGGCAAAUCGAGAUAAGAACAAAAAGAUUCUUUUGGAAUUAGUGAAGCUGCCAAAGAACAGCUGCUGUGCGGACUGCUGCGCACCGGAGCCAGAUUGGGCAUCGUAUACUCUUGGCAUGUUUGUUUGUCUGAAUUGCUCUGGAACUCAUCGCAAUCUUUCAAAUAUAAGCCGAAUAAAAUCCAUACGCUUGGACUUCUGGGAUGAUGAACUUGUAGAGUUCAUGAAAGCCCAUGGAAACCAAACUGCCAAAGACUUCUACGAAAAAUGUGUUCCCGUCUUCUAUUAUCAGCCUCAGCACAAUGACUGUGAGGUUCUAAGGGAGCAGUGGAUUAGAGCCAAGUAUGAAAGGCAGGAGUUUACAGAGGAAAAUAAGCUACGAGCCUACGCAUCAGGCAUAUAUGAAGGGGUGCUGUGGAAAAAAGGGAAGGACAAUGGACAGUUUUUGAAGAGGAAGUUUGUUCUAUCAGAGCAGGACUUCACCCUGAAGUAUUACAAGGAGGAUGAAUCUAAAGGUCCAAAGGCAGUUAUCUCUUUACAAAGUCUGAAUGCAACAUUACAGCCGCAGAAGAUUGGACAUCCUCAUGGCCUACAGCUCGCUUACAGUGUGGAUGACCACACCCGAAACAUCUUUGUUUACCAUGAAAGUGGGCAGGAGAUUGUAAAUUGGUUUAAUGCAAUAAGGGCUACCCGUUUUGUCUACCUGAAGACAGCGUUCCCUACAGCUUCUGAUACAGAGUUAAUCCCAUGGAUUACCAGAAACUACAUUAAAGAAGGUUACAUGGAAAAAACAGGUCCUUCGCAACGAGAGCCAUUCAAGAAGAGAUGGUUUAUCUUGGAUGCCCUUGACAGGAAAUUACUAUAUUUUAAAAAUGAGCUGGAUGCUGUGGAGCUUGGGGUCAUUUUUAUUGGGACAGAGAAUCAUGGGUAUUCAGUGAGCGAGUGUGUGCCUAAAGGGACCAGAGGAAACAAGUGGAAGUGUGGAAUUUCAGUGGAGACUCCGGACCGGAAGUUUGUAUUCAUGUGUGAACAGGAACAGGAGCGGAGGGAGUGGAUAGGGGCCUUAAGACAGAUCAUCUCAAAGCCAAUGCUCCCUCAGGAUUACACCAGGGAGGCUGAUAUCCGUAGGAGAAGAUGACCAGGCAUUAUUAGAAGGAAUGUUCAAAGGUGUGGUAGGGAGGAUCAGACAUAUACUUCAAAGACUGACAUCAGAUGCCAAGCACAACUGAGAAAAAGCAUUAUGCCUGUUUAAACUGAAUCUUUUCAUGGAGUUACUUUAGAGUUUUGGUAUACAAGAUACAAGGCAGUCACUGGCACUGCAUACUUCUCUGCCGAGGUUUUGUAUGAACCACAGAAUUACCUGACUGAAAUCAUUAUUAUUUUUAAUAUUAUUGUAAUUAUUUUGCAUAUAUUUAAUAAAUGUU